AUGGUCGUGAAUCUGAUGGGAAACGACACGAUGCACGUGUUUCUUUCUGAGUGGAAGACUCAGAAGGUGGCGCUGUCUGAAUUGUCAUCUCCGGAAUAUCUAGAGGACUUUAACCAUGGACUCUCAAUGUUAGAAGCUCUGCAGGCCCCCCAGGUGGUGCAGUUGGUUGGAUUCUGCCUGGAAGACCACACCCUGGUGACAGAGCACCACCCCCAUGGCUCACUGCUCAACUUGGACAGUGCCCUUUCACAACAACAGCACCACCAUCGCGACACAUGGCAGACCCGGUUCAGACUGGCCAUAGACUACGUCUCAAUCCUUCACUACCUCCAUAACAGCCCAGCAGGGCAGCGCGUCAUGUGCGACUCUAACAGUCUGGAGAAAAUCCUCUCCCAGUUCCUGCUCACCACUGAUUUCCACAUAGUGGUGAACGACCUGGACGCACUGCCACUGGUGGAUCCGUCCAGCAGCUCUCUGGUGAAAUGUGGUCACCGAGAGUUGAGCGGAGACUUUGUGGCCCCUGAGCAACUUUGGCCUUUCAGAAAUGAAGGAAAGCCAUUUUCGGAUGAACUCAUGCCGGGGUACGAUGAGAAGACAGACAUUUGGAAGAUCCCAGAUGUGACGUGGUUCCUGAUGGGCAGAGUUCCCGGAGGAGAUGUCGUCCAUUUCCAUCUUUUCCAGAUCCACGAGGAGUGUAAGAAAGAAGACCCCAAGCUCCGCCCUUCAGCUUUGGAUGUUGUAAACGUUUACACUGCAGUGUACAACAGCAUGGUCCGAGAGACGGCUGGCUUUAGAGACAUGCUGUAGCAUAAUCUUCAGAUAUGGCUACAUGCAUCUGCU